AUGUGGACUUCAGGUAGAAUGAGCAAUGCAAAGAACUUGCUUGGACUUGGCAUCUCCUUGUAUUUUUGGGGACUGAUGGACCUUACUACAACUGUGCUGUCAGCAAGUGCCAGGCCCCUCACUGAAGGGCAAGAAGACAACCUGUCAGACAAGCUGCAUCAGCGUAUGAAGCGGAGCUGGGUGUGGAACCAGUUCUUCGUUCUGGAGGAGUACACAGGAACCGACCCUCUCUAUGUCGGGAAGCUCCACUCCGACAUGGACAGGGGAGAUGGUUCGAUCAAAUACAUCCUCUCAGGAGAGGGAGCUGGCAUUGUGUUUACAAUUGAUGAUACGACAGGGGACAUUCAUGCCAUUCAGCGACUGGACCGGGAAGAAAGGUCACAGUACACCCUCAGAGCACAGGCUCUGGACAGGCGAACAGGCCGGCCGAUGGAACCAGAGUCGGAGUUCAUCAUCAAAAUCCAAGACAUCAAUGACAAUGAACCCAAGUUCCUGGAUGGACCUUAUGUAGCCUCUGUUCCAGAAAUGUCACCUGUGGGCACCUCUGUUAUCCAGGUGACAGCGACAGAUGCUGAUGACCCAACCUAUGGGAACAGCGCAAGAGUAGUGUACAGUAUUCUCCAAGGACAACCAUAUUUCUCUGUGGAUUCUCGGACAGGCUUAAUUAGGACAGCUCUAAUGAACAUGGACAGAGAAGCAAAAGAAUAUUACGAAGUGAUUAUCCAGGCCAAGGAUAUGGGUGGACAGCUGGGAGGAUUAGCUGGAACAACCACAGUCAACAUCACCCUCUCUGAUGUCAAUGACAACCCACCCAGGUUUCCACAGAAGCAUUAUCAGAUGAGCGUGCUGGAGUCCGCUCCCGUCAGCUCCACUGUGGGCCGUGUGGUUGCUAAAGACCUGGACGAAGGCAUUAAUGCAGAGAUGAAAUACAGCCUUGUGGAUGGAGAUGGACUGGAUGUCUUUGAUAUUAACACUGAUCCUAAUUACCAAGUUGGCAUCAUAACUGUAAGAAAGCCUUUAAGUUUUGAGAGCAAGAAAAGCUACACCUUGAAAGUCGAGGGUGCCAACCCCCACCUGGAAAUGCGGUUCCUGAACCUGGGUCCCUUCCGCGACACCACCACCGUCCACAUCAGCGUGGAGGAUGUGGAUGAGCCUCCUGUGUUCGAGCCCAGCUUCUACUUUGUGGAAGUGCCCGAGGAUGUGGAGAUUGGAACCACCAUACAGAUAAUUUCUGCCAAGGACCCAGAUGUGACCAACAACUCCAUCAGAUACUCGAUUGACAGGAGCAGUGAUCCGGGGCGGUUCUUUUAUGUCGACAUUACAUCAGGAGCACUGAUGACUGCAAGACCUCUUGACCGGGAGGACGUUUCUUGGCACAACAUCACUGUGCUGGCCGUGGAGCUGAACAACCCCUCGCAGGUGGGCAGCGUCUCUGUGACGGUGAAAGUCCUGGAUGUGAAUGACAACGCGCCGGAGUUUGCCAGGUUUUAUGAAGCUUUUGUUUGUGAAAACGCCAAAGCGGGGCAGCUGAUCCAGACAGUGAGCGCCAUCGACAGGGAUGACCCACAGGAGGGUCAGCACUUCUACUACAGCCUGGCUCCAGAGGUAGCCAACAACCCCAACUUUACUCUAAGAGACAAUCAAGACAAUACGGCUUGGAUUUUAACAAGGCGCUCUGGCUUCAGACAACAUGAGCAGAACACCUUUUACCUCCCCAUCCUGAUCAGCGACAACGGCCGCCCAGUGCUGAGCAGCACGGGCACGCUGACCGUGCAUGUGUGCAGCUGUGAUGAUGACGGCAUGGUGAUGUCCUGCAACGCGGAGGCCUACGUCCUCCCCGUCAGCCUGAGCAGAGGGGCACUCAUUGCAAUCCUCGCCUGCAUCUUUGUCCUGCUAGUGCUGGUGCUCCUCAUCCUCUCCAUGCGGCGCCAGCGGAAGCAGCCAUACAUCAUCGACGAGGAGGAGAACAUCCACGAGAACAUCGUCAGGUACGACGACGAGGGCGGUGGGGAGGAGGACACGGAGGCCUUCGAUAUCGCCGCCAUGUGGAACCCGCGGGAGGCCCAGCUGGUGGUGAAAAACCGGCAGGACAUGCUCCCUGAAAUAGAGAGCCUCUCCCGAUACGUGCCUCAGGCGUGCGUCAUGGACAAUAACGUCCACAACUACGUGCUCGCCAAGCUGUACGAAGCUGACAUGGACCUGUGGGCGCCUCCCUUCGACUCCCUCCAGACGUACAUGUUUGAAGGGAGCGGCUCGGUGGCAGAGUCGCUCAGCUCCCUACAGUCCGUGACGACAGACUCAGACCAGAGCUACGACUACCUGACGGACUGGGGGCCGCGCUUCAAAAAGCUGGCCGAGAUGUACGGUGCCACAGACAGCAGCGGGGCUCUGUGGUAA